AGGCGGCAAACAGUGGCGGUUCGACAAUAAGCCGGCGGAGGGCCGACCCUUUGGCCGCAUGCUUGACGGCGCCUAUCGGGCCAAAAACAAUUGGACAGGCAUUCACUUUCCGGGCGGUGCCGGCGAUUACGGUCCCGGAGCCUUCAUUAUGGUGUAUAAGAAAAAGUGGUCCAAAUGGGGUCGACCCAGUCGUACGCCAGUGGCCGGCGAUAUACGCGACCACCCGGUCGGCGAACUGGACGACGCCGAUGUGGCCGACAGUCCAGAUCACGGGGCGCUCAUUCUGGUGGACCCGAAAAAAGGCCGCUUCGGUAAGAUUAAGGGCCCGAAUGUGUGCUAUCUGGUGAUCCGUAACAAUGUGGCCAAUUGGGACGGGAAGUGCCAACCGGUCGGCGAAGAUGAGAAUAAAUUCCCGCCCGAUAUCAUCGCAGCGGUGCUCAACGCCGAUAAGAACUGGUAUUUCGUCGCCCGUAACGGCACGCACUGUAAGCGCCCGGAUGUGCCCAAAAAGGAGCCUAAAGUAGAGUGCACUCAAUGGGAGCCCAAUAAAGGGCUGUUUGGUUGCGACCAAACGCCAGUGAACGCCGAGUUGAAGGAGUUGUGCCGAAACGCGACCAUCAACUCCGGCGGUACAGUCGAGCCAUUCAUAUAUGUGUUCAAAAACGGCAAGUAUUGGAAGUUUGACAAUAAGCCCAAAGAGGGGAAACCAUUUGGCGAUGUGGUCGAGGGUGAGGGCAAAGUACCCGUCCAUAAGCAGUUCGAUGGCAUGCAUUUGCCGGGCGGCGCCAGUCAUAAUCAGGGCGCUCUCGUCAUGGUGUACGCCAAUAAAUGGGCGCAAUGGGUGCCCAACGAUGGCACCGGUAGUGACGGCGCACUAACCACUAUAUCGCCCGAUCCUAACGCAUCCGCGGGUGAGUCAACAACACCUGCUGCGGGAGAGUCUGAUGGCAAUACUGCCGCACCCGAUGGCGACACAGCUGUCGCCACCACAACGCCAACAGCGGGAGAGGCCGACGAUAAACCCAAGUCCAGCGAUCCGGACGCCGAGGACUCGGCCGCUGCUGACAAGGAUUUGCCCAAAGAGAAGAAGGGGCCGAAGAAAGGCCGCAAACCUAAAGCAGAACCGGAGGACGCGGGCGAUGGCGAGAAGAAACCCUCUAAAAAAGGAACCAAAAAGAAGGGUAAACCAAAAGCGGCUGACGAAGAGACCGGCGCUGACGAGGAAUCGCCCAAAAAAGGAAAGGCAGUUAAAAAGGGUCGCAAACCAUCGAAAGCGGACGAUGAGAGCGAUGAAGAGAAACCAAAGACAGCGUUGAAGAAGAAGUCCAAAGGAAAGCCGAAAGCAGAUCCAGACGGCGAUGACAGCGGCAAAGGAGACGAAGAAUCGCCAAAACCUAAAAAGAAAGGUAAGAGCAAAGGAAAGUCGAGUAAACCUAAAGCCGGAUCUGAUGGCGACGCUGGCGAUGAAGAGUCGCCAAAACCAAAGAAAAGCACUAAAAAGGGCGGCAAACCAAAGGCCGAUCCAGACUCUGAUGGCAAUACUGGUGGUGACGACGACUCGCCGAAGAAAAGCGCGCCGAAGAAGAAGGGCAAAGGAAAGGCUACUAAACCUAAAGGCGGUGACAAUUCCGAUGGCGAAGACGAAGAGAAACCGAAGUCAAAGGGCCCGAAGAAGGGUCGCAAAGGUAAAGCAGAUCCGGACGCUGAAGACUCAGCCGCUGCCGAAUCGCCGAAAGGGAAGGCCAGCAAAAAGGGCCGCAAACCUAAGCCGAGUGACCCGGACGGAGACAGCGGUGGAGAGUCACCGCCAAAACGGAAAAAAGGCGGCAAAACGGGUGGCCGUAAACCGAAAGACGGCGAUCCGGAGGGCACUACUGAAGCCGCGGCUGAAUCGGCACCGAAACCCUCUGCGCGUAAGAACUCGCCGCCCGUUAACGUCAACGAACAGCCAAUUGGCGACGAGAUUAGAGAACCGGAGGGCGAUCUCAACGACUUGGGAGCGCUCAUACCGUCCGGCGAUUCGCCGAAUAAGUUUGCGAAGAUUAUCGACGACGACGUGUGUCACGUGAUUGUCAGAAUGGGAAAGAUGUAUUGGGACGGGAAGUGCAAACCGGUGGCGGAAGAUCCCAACAAAUUCCCGCCCAGAAUUGUGGGCGCCGUCAAGACUCGGGCCGGACAGUGGUAUUACUUCGAUAGGGAUGGCAAGUACUGCACCCGAAAGGAUAGGGAAACCACUGAUUGUAAGGAUUGGAAAGACAACAAAGAGGUGUUUGGGUGCGACGGCGACCAGUCGGAGGCCAUGGAAGCGCUUUGCGACAAACCCAAAAUCAAAGCCGCGGGCAAUCACUGGCCACUGAUAUUGGUAUUCAGGGGUCAAAAAUAUUGGGUGUUUGACAAUAAGGAACAGCCGGGCAAACCAUUUGGCAAACUAAUAACCGGCGCUUUGCCCGCCCGCGACAAGUGGCCGGGCGUUCACCUACCGGGCGGCCAAUCGCACCACAAGCAGGCGAUGGUAAUGGUGUACCGGAACAAGUGGUCGCGUUGGAUGCCGGGUAAGGACCAGACCGAGGGUGACGUCUUUGACGAACCCAUUCUGGAUAAGGGCGACGACGACGACGAAGACGGCGAUGUGGGCAACGCGGGAGCGCUGAUCAAUGUGGACAUUGCCGGCGCCCGAUAUGACCAGACCGAGGGUGACGUCUUUGACGAACCCAUUCUGGAUAAGGGCGACGACGACGACGAAGACGGCGAUGUGGGCAACGCGGGAGCGCUGAUCAAUGUGGACAUUGCCGGCGCCCGAUACGCCAAGAUUAAAGGCGAUCAGGUGUGCAAUCUUCAGAUCACAUACAACCAGAGCGUAUGGAUUGGCGAUUGUCGGCCGGCGCUGACCGAUGCCGAACAGUUCCCGCCGUUCAUUGUGGCCGCCAUUAAGGGAAGAGAUCGUAACUGGUAUUACUUCGACGAAAAGGGAAAGUACUGUAAACGCGCCGAAGGGACCAGAGAUAAGUGCACGGACUGGAAAGACAACGGCGAAGUGUUCGGCUGUAACGCUAAGAAACUGAAGCCCGAGUUGGACGCCCUGUGCGAUAACGUGACCAUCAGUUCGGGUGGCAAUUAUCCGCCGUUUGUGUAUAUAUUUCGGGGCCGGAAGUACUGGAAGUUUGACGGCCAUCACCCGAAAGCGGGCAAACCGUUGGGCGAUCUCAUCAAAGGCAACCGUCCGGCCAAAGAGGAGUUCGACGGCAUCCAUAUGCCGGGCGGCGCCUCCUUCAACAAGAACGCCUUCGUUGUGGUCUAUAAGAACACGUGGAGUCAGUGGAAGCCAAAGGGGGCCGACAUUGGUCUGCAUAAGAAGAUGCGCCGCAACGACAACGAGAUCAAUAACGCGCCGAUAGGGACGGCAACGAUGGAGAUAUUGGGAGAGCCGGACGAUCAGCCCGACGGCGAACCCGCAGAUAAGGGCGCUCUGAUCGCCACCAACGAGAAAAAGGGCCGAUACGCUGUGAUUAGAGGCAAACAGAUCUGCUAUUACCUGAUGACCGACGCCAAGCUCUCGUCGGUCGGCAAGUGUCAGCCCGUUUCCGACGAUAAGAACAAUUACCCGUCGAAUACAAUCGCUGUGCUCAGGGAUAGGGACCGGAACUGGUAUUUCUUUGACAGCAGAGGGAAGUACUGUAAACGAAAGGCCGGAAACAAAGACAAUUGCUCCAAAUGGGUGUCCAAUGAGGAAGUGUUUGGGUGUCGUGUGAAGAGCAAAGUGUCGUUCGUGCAGAGCCUCUGUGGUAACGUUAAGAUCAGCGCCGGCACCAACUUUUCGCCCUUCGUGUACGUGUUUAGAGGCGGGAAGUACUGGAAGUUCAACAAUAGGCCCAAAAAGAACAAACCGUUCGGCGAUAUCGUUGACGGCGGGAAACUGGCCGCAGAGAAGUGGCCAGACAUUCAUUUCCCCGGCGGCGCCGGCUAUCGUAAGUCGGCGUUCGUAAUGGUCUAUCGGGACAAGUGGUCGCUGUGGCGA